UCUCCUUCAGCUUGCCUUUCAAUUACUCUCGUACGAUCGUAGAGAAUAGUGGAACAGCUGGUGUUUUAGUUAUUUGGUCUGUACAGACUAGCCAUGUCCCUUCUUUUUUCCUUUGAGUCUGUUAGGUAGCACUAUUGUGCUUUGGUGUCUCUUGCACGAUGUUGGAGGGCUACAUCACCCCAUUGUUGACGUCGUAUCUGCAGAAAUACGUCAAGAAUAUCAAGCCUUCUGAUUUGAAAUUGUCAAUCUGGGGCGGAGAUGUAGUGCUGAACAAUUUGGAGCUACGGCUCAAUGUCUUGGAAGAGCUCGUGCCAAUUCCUAUCCGGUUCGUAAGUGGCCGUAUUCGCGAGCUGAAAAUCCACGUACCAUGGACGGCCCUUAGCUAUGAAGCCGUCGUGGUGAGUAUUGACACAAUUGAGUGUGUUCUGGAAUGGAAUGAGAACAAACACUCUGCGAACAGCCAGUCGGCCUCGUUCGGUGACGCUGACACCGCUGCUGCAUCUGCUGGAGACAAAGCAGCACAGCAGGAAGCGGCAUCCGCUGCUGGUGCUCCCCCAGGAUAUGUGCAAGGUCUGAUAAACAAGAUUACGAAUAACUUCACACUGAACGUCACCAAUUUGGUGUUGAAGUACGUAGAAGAUGAUAUGGUGCUUAGUGUGAGCGUACCUGAAGUGGAUUUUAGCCCUGCUAAUGCUAACUGGGAGAAGGAAUUCGUCGAUGCGUCCACCAUGGCCUGCCUGCUAAGAAAGCUGGUGAACGUCCGCGAUAUGACGCUCUGUUUAGAUGGCCGCACAGAGAGCGGCAGCAUCGAUGUCUAUCAGGAACCACUACUCUAUAAGUGUUCGUUUGUGUGUCGCAUGCUGAUCAACAACGACCCGGCUGAGAUCGAUCACUUUCCGCUGGGCACUAGCGUCCAAGUCUUGGUAGAGCGCGGUGAGCUGAGCUUCAAUGACUGGCAACUGCCGAAGUUCAACCGUUUCAUUAUGCACUUCAUCGACCUUUACAAGGAGAAGCUAGCUGUACUGAAUGCCGUCGCAACGGCAGGACACAAUAUGACAUCUAGUGCCAACGAUGAAGAGGCUCUUGCGAAAGCGGAUUCUAAAGGCGCCUCAUCUACAGCCGACCCUGGCCAGAGUUCAGGGAACUUGGAUGAUUCAUGGACGUCCUGGGCAUGGACGCUUGUUGGCGGAGCUGAUGACAGUGCUAAGAGCCCUGUGGAGGCGCGUGCCAACCGACUGCAGCGCGAGAAGCGGUUUGCCGUGGCGUUCUUUGUCCGCCAUGGCACCGUGACACUAAAGCAGCUGCAUGGCACGCAGCGCAGCAGCAAGCUGCGUCGCCAGAGGUGCAUCGGCGUGCCGUGGAUCGUCGUCGACCUGCACCUGUCCACGCUUCAGAUCAUCGCGGAGGGAAAGCAUUUCUUCGACACGUUGCUGGCGUGCGGCUCCAUCGAAGCCAGCUGGAUACGCCAUGCCACGGAAGAUGCUGAGGCUGAGCUGUUUUUCCAGCUGGGCUCAGUGCCAGCGAACAGCAGCGACUUCCUAGCCGAGUCUCUCUUCAAGCCCAUUGUGAAGGAGCUUGUGGAGCCCGGGACGAACGUUGACGACAGUGUGGGCGCUGCUGCGGCUGACCAGGUAGCUACGACGACGGCGAACCCUGGUACUGGUUCAGCUGUGACAACUGUACGACACACUGAUGUCAGUGUUGAUGACGACAAAGCUGACACGAAGACUAUGCUCGACCUGUACAGUGUUCGUGAUGAGUUGAAAGAGACGAACACGUACUCUGCACUCUUGUUUGACUAUCGGUAUGUUCUGCCUUACGUCGAUGGCUCUGUGCCUGGUCAACACGCCCUGGAGAAACUGGCAGCAAGCAGUGGAAUUCCCCCGACGCAGCCACCCAUGGCUGGCGAGGGUGGUUUUGGCGACGGCAUUGUGGAGUCGAGCAAGCAGAGGCUGUUGGUCGGCCCCACCUGGCUGCUGAUGUCUGAUGAUGUUCUUCAACGCGUGCAGUUGUUCACCAAACCCGAUGACAAGCCUGCCGGCAAGCCUCAAGAAAGUUCGGUGGAUACAUCCUCACCUGACAAGUCCGCACAGCCUGUGUGCCUACCUGUUGGUGGUUUCCAGCGCGCCGCAACUGUGAUACAUGCCACCUUCAACAAAGUACAGAUAUUGUACAGCUGCCUGCCUGCCGAGCCACUGCCGAGUCCUGUCCAGAUGAGCAGCAGCAAGUCACAGCAUCGGCCUCAUUCAGCAACGUCUCCAGCUGCUCCCCCUACUGGCCCGUCCAGCCUGACUGGUAGCUCUAGUUCAUCAUUCAAAUGGGCGCCGGUAACACCGUCAGCGAAAACCGUACCUUCUGGUGUAACCAGUGGCAGCAGCAGCUCAGUGUUUCGACCUCGCACUGUCCUGUGGCUAGAUGCGUCGCGUAUCGACUGGCAGGUUACCCGUGCCAUGUACUGGCCACGAUUGUCGCGCGCUCCACCGUCGGUCUUGAAGCUGGCCGUACUGCCUAACCAGUGCUACUCCGAGAAUGUCAUCAAGAGCUUCGGCACAUCUGGUGGCUUUGCAUGGCUAGAGAAUCCACAGUCUCUGACCAGAAAGACAUGCUUUGUUCAACCCACAACGUUGUCAAUCUACAUCCGCCGCCUACUUGCUCCAGACUCCCUGGUAUCUGGUUUGGCUGUAGAGAGUGAAACCAGAAUUGAACUUCCCCGUUUCCAUGCUCACAUCUCGCUGGCUGAGUUAAUCCUCGCCGUGCGCUUCCUGCGUCUCACCAGUGCCUUCGGUGCUGGCACCAAGUUCUCAAGUCGUGAGAGACGCAUGGCCGUCGAGGCUCUGCACACGCACACUCAGUCCGUGCUGGCGCUGGACCCGGAUCUCUUCAGAGCUGGACAGAAUCUUAUCCAGCUUGUUGUGGAGGGCGCUCAGAUGUCAUCCUACGUAACGCAAUUCACCAACGCUCAAUCUGGCCGUGUCUCGUCGGCUCAGCUUUCUGUGCGCCAGGCAGAUUCGCAGCAAGGAGUGGUGCUUGCUGCUGGUCCAGUCAACACUGGCUCUGUGGCCGAGGGCAGGGUUUUCACGUCCCGGACUGCAGCACCGCCGGGAGGACAGCAGCAGGCGGCGGGUGGUGACAUGCUUGCUCAGUUCACCUUUCAGCAGCCCGUGCAGGAUACAGCCGCACCCGUUGUCGCGCGUGGUCUUGUACUGCUGAAAGUGACUGGCACUGCACUGAACUGUGACACUGGUCUCCAGACCUGGUUGAUAUCCUCGCUGGAUCACCUACACAAGGUCUAUGCCGAAGAUCUACCAACGUAUGACUCACCCAAACGUGCCGUGUCACGUCCACGUAUUAUCCGCCAUAUCUCUCAAGCCAGCCUGUCUGGGCUAUCCUCUCUCGGACUGGACGAGAGUGAUGUGGAUGCACCGGCAGCCCCUGCCGCUCUGAGCCCCAUGGCCGCUGAGCCCAGCAUGCUACCAGGACAAACGCAGCAUGCUGACGGUGGUGAUGGGCAAAGCAAGGAGAACACGGGCCCGGCAUCCACGUCUGAUGCUUCUGCCCCCAACGGUGUAAACAUUCCUGGCUGGAUGACAAUGCUAAGCAAGGCUGUCAUGCAGGUUAACGUUGAUCCUAUAAUCCUGCUGUGGCCGUCGGACUCUUUAUCAGCUUUCCAGCAAGCCAGUCCGGCCGGAGACAUCAUCUCAGCGUUCCAGUUAGGUUGUUUUACUUCGCAGAUUCCCCAUCCUCCGCUGCCGCCAUCGCUGGUAUUCUGUCUGCCUGCUAUUCAGCUGACCUCACACAACCUUGCCAGUGCCGGUGUACGCCUGGCAGUUGAGCAGACAUUGCCGUGUUUAUCGCAAGUUCGCCUCGAGAACCAGGUUGACACCGUACCCAUUCGCCAGCUUAGCGAGGACUGCUUGCCGUGUGCUAUCAGCCUGACUGGUGUUAGUGCGUUUACUAUAUCACCACACCAAGCUACUGCACAGGAUCAAGACUGCCUGGUGGAGGUGUGUAACAUUCUGCAAGCAACCGGUCUCCAUGUCUUGCUAGCUGCCAGUCAGAAUGAUUCUCAGCCAACAUCACAGUCACACUCCGUGUUCACCACACCUCCGGACUUCCUCUCUCCUGUUGCCGACAACGUGAACGCGGAUCCGUUGCUUGCUGGCGCCUUUCCUGGCCCGGUCACGUCGACCCCACUGGCAGCCAGUGCAGCAGCUGCAGCGGCCAUUGCUGACGCAGAACGCCAACAACAACAAAAAGGUGGCACUUGCUCUGCACAGAUUCUGCCGGGCGUCGUGAUUCACGGCAACGCUGAGCCCGUGUGCCUGUUGGUGUCGCAGAAGCAGAUCCAGCUGCUGCAGUCGUUAGCUGCUGGAUGGUUGCAUGUGGUCGUGUCUGUUUGGCAGUCUGCGCCACUUUUCACUGAUAUUCCGCUUGCACAUAGCCUGCCUGGUCAUCGGCACCAGUCUUCAGCUACCAGUGGUGCUGUUGAUCCGGCUGGCAUCCAUCGAGUCACAGAGCAGUAUGAUAAACUCGCCUCAUCAUCAGCACCGGAUAGCGGUGCGUACUCUGUGUCCACUGAUAGUGGUGUCCCAGGGGCGGCCAGGGAGAGUUCUGUCAAGAGCCAAGCCGGCUCACAGCAGUCUGGCACUCCUCCCGUGAAGCGCGCUGGCCAGCAAUCCACAACACUGCCUGUGUCAGACACCACCACCACCAACUCACGGCCGCUCUCCGUGUGGAUCCAGUGCACGUUGCCCUUGCUGCAGGUGUGCGUGAGAUCCGCGCAGACCUCCUUCACCGUCUCACUGGAGGACCUCAGUGCGUCAGUGGACGCCAGCGGUACCGACGUGGAUGGUAGAUAUCUGGUCGGCGAUGUCGCUGUCUCUCACCAAGCACUCAGGUCUGAUGGCAAAUGGGACAGCGGGCCCUGGUCGGGUGUGUUCUUCACGCGUGGCUCUCCGGAUAUCUUUGACACGCUGCACACCGAGCAAGACGUAUCACCCACGCAGGAUCAGCGGCCGGACAGUCUGCAAUGCAGGGAGGAGGUCAAGACCAGGGCGUUUCUUUCGGUUCGCUACAACACCAAGUGCACGCUCGGGGCACACAGGGAGUACGACGAACAGCGAAUCGGUGCCCCGGAGGGUUCGUCACCGUGGAAAGGGGAGCUUCACGUGGCACUGAAGCCGUGCACUAUAGUCGCGUGCUGUCCUGUGCUCGCUGAUAUCCUCCACGUGUUUCAGUUGAGUGCGGACGGUGCUGAGUGUGUACGGCAUGUCACUAGUCUGCUACCGGCGGCCACACGGCGCCUGAAAGGCAGCGGUGAUGGCCUGGUGCUGCCCUGUCUCUUUCUAGACGUGCACGGCAUCACCAUUGCCGUGCCCUCUGUGUGUGAUGUGCCCCCCGAUCUUGAGUCCACAUCCGACACAGCUGCCAAUGCGGACACUCUUGUUUUGCACCUGUCAGAAGUACAUGUUGGCCCCAGUCCUGCUAACCCGAUCAUUCCGCUGGUCAUGGAGAAGAUUAUUAAAGGUGACCAGGUCUGCGGUUGGAGAAGAAGCUUGUUGGCCAAUCAGUUGGUCUGCAAGGAUAUCCAGCUGGAGGCCAUGUUGAAGGGACUCAGCGUUGCCGUGACACCCUGGACCACUGUACAGCUGGCGCUGCAGUCCAUGGCCGCCGGUCGUCAAGGCGAUCUCUCGGCGGAACCCGACUCUGGCCAGGUGCCCGCUCUGGAGUGGAACAAGUCCGAGCCGCAGCAACGAGUGCCGAGUAGCAGUGCUGUGCUGGUGCCGUUGCUGUCUGUACCAUGCUGCCAGGUCACUAUUGCUCUGGCCUGGCACCUCUCUCAGCUCACUGGACUGUUGCCAGAUUCUGCUAGCAACAUUGACAUGACGUUGUAUCGUGUUGGUAACUUGCUGGAGAUGUCCAUGUUGCAGCUCAUCAGCGUACAUGUUGGACACCGGCAGCUCGAAGCAUGUUUGUCAGCAUGGGAGAACAAUAUUCAGCCCCUGCUGGCAGUUAUCCAGAAGCUGUUCCUGUCAGGCAGUGAAGAGAACGUAAUGAUCUUGACCGAGUCCCUACCGCCAAUGUCUCCAACAGAACCUUCACCUAUGCGCCGCACUUCUUCUCACACCACUACCAUCACUACCCCGAUUGAGUUGUCCUUGACCGGCCAAGGUGUGGCGUUCAACCUGUCGUUGCCCGAUAUCGGAACGUGGAGUGCUAGCAUUCAGCAGCCGGUUCUCCUGUACGCCAACCUGUUGUCAUCCGUCGUCUUCCAGCUGUCUGUUCAUGAUCUCAAGUUCACAGUGCAUCCAUCAGAUGCCCAAGGUAUCGUGACGAUUGUGGAGACAAGGCGGGGAUGUUCACUUAGCCGUAGCGGCGUGUCACCGUCUUUCUUCAAGCUGAACUGCCACGGCAAAACACCGACUGCUGGUGAUAGCUUUGCACCAGAUGGUUUGGAUGUCUCUCUUGGCCGCCCUGUUCGUGUUUCUGUGACGGUGACUAUUCUGGACAGACUUGCUCUGACACUGCGUCGACUGCAGCAAAUUGUGUCCAGAAGCAAGAACGACGACACGGUGUGUGAAGAAGCAGAGCAGUCCGCGUCGGCCGUAGACAUGUCCCAGGACUGUGGGAAGUCUUCGUUUGCCGAUUACGCAACACCGGUCGACACCCCUAGUAAAUUGCAGCAGAGCUGGUCACUGGGCGGCAGUGCUGUCGCCGCACCUGUACCUGCCGCCACCGCACCCGUACGAUUUCCAGUCUCGCUCAGCGUAGCUACUGCACAGAUUGUCCUGGAAGUGUUUGGUGCUGACGAGAGCCACGUGCAGUUAGUCGUUGGCACGUCCGAACUGCAGCUGGCUAGACUCAACAGUACCACCUUUCCCUACAUGUCUGGCAAUGUCAACUGUGUGGCUAUGUCGGCGUGUCUGGUGAGCGAUUCGCUGACGUCCCCGGCCAGUGCCUGUCGUCAUCGUCUGCUCUUGCCGUUUGCCGCUUCGUCCGAGCUGCUUUUCUGGCAAUCACCGGCGUCGACGAUGUGCUGGAAUGCCACGGCAAGCUGCAACGACGUUCACGUUCUGUGUUGUCAGAAACGUGUAGCUGACUUGCAGAUCCUGGCCCAGUCAUUGCUGCCCACCGUUGAGAGGUUGCUGGCAGUGAGUAGCAGCCAAGGUGAAGUGUCAUCAUCGCCACUCUGCUCCUCUGCCACCACCUCCUCUUCAUCCAUUGCCGAUGUGCGGCCUCUGAUGUCGGCCAUGUACACUAGUCCCACGGAGCAAGAUCAGAUGGUGCGCUUUGAAUUGGCACCCAGCGGCGGCGAGGGAUUCGUCAUGCCCAAGACACGUCAAGUGUCGUUCUGGACGCACCACUUGGUCAACCCUCCACGCGCCUCCAUGACCUGGAAGUAUCCUCUGCCGCGUUACGUCACAGCACUGGAUGUGAUGCCAGUACCGUGGCAUGACAGCGACAUAGCCAGUGUUCCAGCCGAGCUGCAGGUGUGGAACGCCGCCAUGGCCCGCUUUGAGUGCGUCGUCACGUUUGACCUGUUUGUGAGCAGCUUGCAGCAGGUCCUGGUGGAGUCACACCUGUGCACGGCGGGCACCACUUGGCGAGUGGAGGCAACAUGCACGUGUAGCCAGGUAGAGCCACAGCUGCUGGCCGCCUGCAUUCUUGUUCACUCGUCCGUGGCACACAUCCGUCAGGCAUCGGCGUGUGGCUCCUCCGUCAAGCUUCACCUCUUCAACGCCUACAAGGACCUGGAUGCCAUCAUGCCCGGCCGACCGCCUACCGUUCUCCACCCGUCGUUCCCGGCCCUGCAGCAGUUUGCUCUCCUGUCGCUGGAGAAGUGGAGUGCUGUGCAUGCCGGUGACGUGUCCACCAACCCCCGGUCCGAGCCAUGCCUGGUAGCCUCGAGCAAUGUGCGUCUGGACGCGGUGGACUUCUCAUGCCAGCAGCUGAAGCAGUGCCUGUCGUUGGAGUCUCUUCAAGUGUCUAAGAAGCAAGCUGUGGAUGUGAGUGUCGGUCGCUGUCGAGUGGAUGUCAGUGGCUCUGUUCUGCACACGCUGCAGCGCUCGGCGCCACUCUGGCGUAUUUCAAAGUCAGCGCCAUCACUGGUCCAGCCAGUCAGCAUUGGGCAGAGUACGUCUAACUCAUCAACUUACGUUGCCUCCGCUGACAUGAAGUGGACGUCAUCGCAGGAGUACCGUGCAGUAUUGCUUCAUCACUAUCUGAUCGUGAAUAACACCUACAGUGCCCUGCUAGUGGGACAAGCGGAGACCGAUGAAUGCAUCACACUGCAGCCUGGCCACACGCUGGCGUACAGCUGGCGGGAUGUGCACGCUCCUCGCCUGAUGCAGCUCGCCACACUGCCGUGGCCUGGUGUCGUUGCCGGCGUGGAGAACACUCAUCCCAGCAACCCUACUAAGUGGUGCGAACCAUUCGGCAUUGACAAGUCCAAGCGCCUCGCACGCUGGGUGCUGGCCGGUGCCGAAGGCCAAGAGUACUUGGAUGAUCCUGCUCGUGUCACAGUUGAUGUCGGUGCUAUGACCAGUGUGCAGAGAGUUGUGCUAAUCCGCGGCUCUGCACACUUUGGUAACUACCUGCCCAAAGACGUUCAGGUUGGCUGGUGGUUCCGCAGUCGAGAAGUGCAGCAGAAACUCGACGAUGUUGCUGGACAGCGCAAGUCGGAACCGACACCUGAGUUCGCUGAGGAGAUUGAGCAGGAUAAGAAGGAGAGCAAGCUGGCCAGGGAGCUGAAUGUGGCCGCUCAGACCAGCAGCUUGUCCUGGAUUGUGCCGCAGAGCUGCGUUCUGGUGGUGAAGCUACGCUUUACCGGUGCCAAGAGCUGGUCGGGCGGCGUGCCAUUCCAGGUGUUGCCCGACGGUCAUCAAUUCCAGACCAUGGCCAUUCCGACUGGUCUCAAGUGGCCGCUGCUGCAGAUCUACUUUCACAUGCGUGUCGUGAAUCACGUCAGCGGUGCGUUGCCACUCUACGGCAGUGUGUCGCCACUGAUGCAGGUCCGGAAUCACAUGCCAAACUGGAUAGCAGUGCACAUGUCGCGGGUGUCCAGCAGCGAUGCACCAUUCAGCGCCUGGGUACCGCCGGCUGGUGGCCAGCUGUUUGUGUCUCAUCUGGGAAGUCAGGACUGCUACGACACGGCGUUUCAGAUGAAAGGCCUGGACUACAUGUCACCGGCCAAUCUGCCGCUGACCUGCGAGCUGCGGCAGGACCUCCCGUCCGUGCAGCCAAAGUCCACCAUCGAUGUGCGUCUGAUCACUCCCGAGCAGCGUGCCGAGGAUGGUCUUCAGUCACAGUGGCCGCACAUUCAUCUACCAGGCCCGGAGUCUACUGCCAUUGCUAAAGUUGCCACCACGGCCUAUCCGCACGAUCAGCACAUGCUCAAGUACAUUGAUCUUACCGUAGGCCCACCAAAGCCGGUAAUGGUUGUUGAUGGUGAUGAGCCAGUUGCAGACGUGGAAGACACCAGUGACCAUGCUAGCACUGCAGCAGGUGGCGACGAGAAGAAGUUCCCGACACACUACGGCUGCUGCGGCGUUGUCUCCGUGCAUCGCAAGAACUUUGAAAUGGAAACGUUGCAAGUGGAGCUGGCCCCGUGGUGUCUUGUAGUUAACCGGACGCCACGCGUUGUUCUCUUGUCGCUGGGUAGAAACAACACGGUCACCAUUCCGCCACAACAUGUCCUAGUGCCACCCAACUUCAAUUGGGGUUUCCAUGUGGGUGUGCAAGUGGAUGGUGUGAAUGUCUGGAGUCGUCAUCUCAUCUCGCUGCAACAUCGCCAGGCUCCUGCCAAUGACAGCGCCGAGUCUCGCUCCGCCACUGUCAAGACUCUUGUCAACGAGGAGCAAUAUCGCAAGCUGGUCUUCCAUGGGGAGGAAAAGAGAUCUACAAUGGUGGUUUACACAUGUUCUCGUUUCGGCACGCAAACUGUUGUCCUCACGGAACACUUUGCCAUUGUCAACCAGACUGGUCGCAAGCUGCUUGUAUGGAGUGCAUAUCAUCGAGACCUGGUCUGCCAAGCCUCACCAGUAUGUGUGCAGCCUGAUGAGGAUAUCUGUACAGCUUUGGCUCCAUCUCCAGCAUCUGAUGAACAUGAACCAGACCCAGCCGGGCCGUACAUCAGUGUUGCUGUGGCUGAAGAUGAUGAGCAUGGUCGCACCAAACUGCCCGUGCCUUUCAAUGUUGACACGUGCAGUGCUCCCAUUGCACUGGGCAAUGAGAUAUUGCGUCAGCCGUUUGGUGUGCCUAUACCUCAGCUGAAUCCACAGAGCCAUGGAGAGCCAUCGUCAUCACACAGCGAUACUCAGUCCAGCAGCAUCACCGCACUUGACGACCGACAACAGGGCGUUGCACGCGGUAUGCGCGACUCUCUGCCCCUCGUCGUCUGCGUGCAGCCACACCAGGGUACUAACUACACUGCCAUUGCCGUCGACUCUGCUCCUCAGUUCGUGAUCGAGAACCGUUGCUUCAUUCCCAUCCUGUGCCAAGAAGUGGACAAGUCUGAGAAAGUUGGCGGCCCGUUGCGUGUGCCGUCGCGCUGCUCUCUUCACUGGCAACCGUUCUCCGCACUAGCCCAUUACCCAUCGGCUGUGACUGCCGCCACGCGUCCCUCUAUCCAUGUGCAUUUCCAGUUUGAAGGUGAGAGCAAGCACACGGCGGUCAUAGACGUCACUCGAUCCAGUGUGGUGCGCACGGCAAUUGGUUACGUGCAGGUCGUGCACGGCGAGGCGUCUUGUCUGAGAAUCAUUGUCUCGCUGACGGCACCACCAGACACUCGCAAGGCGGCGGCCCAGCAGCAAGACGUGCUUGCACGUGAGCAGGUGAAGCUGGGCGUGCAGGAGCUGUGUGUGGUGGUGCACGACGGCCCCAGCGUCGAUCCCAGCCCGUCCAUCGGCCUGUGCCUGCGUAACCUGGCAUGUAAGGUCAUGUCACAGUCCUGCGGUACGCGCUCGGUGAACCUCACCAUUGGCUACGUGCAAGCCGAGAAUCUGCGCAAGAGUGAGGACGUGGACUUUCCCGUGGUGCUGGCUCGACAGGUAGAUCCCAUUAGUGAACGUGCUCGCCAGCACAUGCCUGCUUCUCCCGGCAGCCAGGACGCCAACACCGUGUUCAUUGGACUUGAGCUCACCAGUGAUAACUUCCCAUCCAGACUUGUUGUGCAACUUCCCAGGCUGGUUGUUCAUGUUGAAGACGCACUGCUCGCUCAGCUCACCGCCCUCAAGGACUUUGCCAAUAUUGCAGUAUCGCCACACGAGGACCGCAGUGCUGACGCGCCACUGAAGCAGGUGUCGCUGUGCGGAUUACCCGCUCCACUUGCCAAGGCUAUGCCCACAGCUCUGCAUCCGCUGCGUAUCGGCGAGUGGAGCGUGUCACAGAUCCACAUCAGCCUGACCAUGCACACGUCACGCAAGGUGUUCGUGUCCAUCGAUCAGUCGCCGCUGCGUCUCGAAGCGUUCCGCCUGUGGCCAGGACUUAGCUCCCCGGUCACACUACUGGAGACUGCCAGUCUGCACUACAUCUCCUUGGCGCUUUCCUCUCUUGGCUGGCUGGUCUCCUCGUUGGAGCUGCUCGGUUCUCCUGGUGGCUUGGUACGCAAUGUGGGAUACGGUGUACGUGAUCUCGUACAGUUGCCGUAUCAAGGCCUCAGCCAGGGUCCCAGCUCUUUCUUGAAUGGCCUGAGCGGUGGUACCACAUCACUACUGCGCCAUCUCUCAGCGGGUGUCUUGACGUCACUGUCUCAUUUUGCGGAGAGUGCCGCCCGUAACCUGGACAACCUCUCGCUGGACAAGCAGCACGCCGAGCAGCAGCAGAAGAUGCGUCGCCGUGGCAAUGACGUCGGCCUGCGCACGGGUCUGCACAGCCUGGGCAUGGCAUGGCUGGGUGCUAUCGCUGGUCUUGCUGCUCAUCCACUCCAACCAUUCAUGCACACAGACAGCAGUGCUGCCGGCGCCAGUGGAAGAACAUCCUCGUCCUCCAGUUCCGACCAGAGCAGCGCCGUGGCAACCGCCGCCCAGGGAUCGUCUGGAUCCGUUGCUAUGGUGACUGGCGGUCUCAAGAUGAUGGGUAGUUCUCUGGUGGGUGUUGGUCGUGGUCUGGUUGGUGUUGUUACUAAGCCGGUCAGCGGAGCUAUGGACCUUAUAGCUCACACUGGACAUGGUAUUCUCUCCAGUAUGGAACUGAUUGCGUUGCUGCAGCCGCAAAUGCUCGCCCCGCCGAUUCUCACCAGCUGCUCCAGCUUUCAACGGAUGCUGCAACACUGCCUGCUGGAGGAUAUCAUCUGGUUCUGUCCAUGUGACGUCACCUUCAUCACAGGCAUGAUACCUCUUCCUGCCACUGCUGCUAGCGUUGGUGAGAGUUCUAGCAGCAACUCUACGGCUGCAUCGAGCCCCGAAUCGGCGAACAUUUUACCGCUGUCCCGCCAUCAGUGCAUUCUUUUACUCUCACCGUCCAACGUGCGGCUGAUCAGUACUGACGAGGGUCUGCGUGAAACGCACAGCUGGACGUACAACCUGUGCGACGUCGAGUUCCGAGACUUCCCCUGCUCGGCGCUGCCUUCGCCCGGCCGUGGCGGUGGCAUGGCCGAGGAGGUGGACGUUUGCCUGUUGCCGCUGUCGGAGAGCACCACCACACUGCUUGCCGGUGUCAGCACCGCAGCACCGCAGGCACACAGCCACUCUGACUGCCUGUGCCAUAUCACACUGCCGUCGCCGCUAGCUGCCAAGCUACUCUUCACGUUCGUCGUCGUCCUCUCCAAGCAACAUCACUUCUACAUCUCAUAAAAUCCAUUCGCACACCAACGACUAGAGAAUGCCAGUAUAAUAUAUUGCUGUUCUCCCGGUGAGGAGAUCUGGCUCAUUGAAGUAAGACCCCCGCACAGUCUAUCCUGUGUUUUCACGCCACAGUCUAUCCUAUCCUAUUCCCGGCACAGUCUAUCCUAUGCUAUGCAUGGCACAGUAUAUCCUGUGUUUUCAACUUUUCACGGCACAGUCUGUCCUGUAUUUGGCUGGUUGAAUUUCAGACUUGGUACUACAUCGUACUCUGUUCACUUUAUUCGACGAUGCAUACUUUCAUAUUUAUUUGUUAUUUUUUUAAUAUUUGCUGCAAAUACUCAGUUGAGAAUAUUAAUUUUUGAUCUAAAUCAGUCAACAAUUGCACUAGGAUAAUGGUGUAUGUAGCCGGCGCCCCCACCUCUCCAGGUACUCCAAACCCUGGCUUUUUUUCCUUCUCAUACAUUUGCUUUUGAACGCAGAGCUAUCUUUUCAAACAUUAGCGGGUGGCUUCUCUUCUCCCUGUUUGUACAGUCAACUUAACUAGUCUUCUAUUUUACCAGUCCGUCCGGGCACUAUCUUUUUUACUUUUUACCAGUUUACCUGUCUGUUUUAGCAUUGCUGCUGCUAUGUAUAUUGUUUUGAAUUUGUACAAGUGCUAAACAGCCA